AAGAGGCAAGUGGGAGGUCCCUUCGUAGAGUUCCUCAGGGGCGGGGUGUCAGGAACCUUUCCGGCUGGGAAGUUACCUACACGUGGCAGGACUGUUCCCUGCGCAUAAGUUGUCCACUCAGGGCAGCGUUGUGUACUGUGUACUCUGCGAGAGCUGUCUUUUCCUGCCAGAAUGAGCCUGCCCGCAAACCAGAACAAGGAGCCCAGCAAGCAGUCUCAGCCCGCAAAAUCUCUCAAGGAGCCCAGCCAGGAGUCUCUGCCUGUAAACCUACUCAAGGAGCACAGCCAGGAGUCCCAGAUCCUGUGCCCUGACCCGGACAUUGUUGUGGAGCUGAAUGUAGGGGGGCAGUUCUAUACCACCACCAUGGGCACCUUGAUGAAACAUCCAGGCUCAAAGUUUUCAGGGAUAUUGUCCAAGUCAGCUAGACAGUACAAAGAUGCCCAGGGCCGCUUCUUCAUUGAUCGUCCGGGUACCUACUUUGGGCUUCUCUUGGACUACCUACGCACUGGGCAAGUGCCCACAGAAUAUGUUCCUGAGGUAUACCAAGAAGCUAAGUUCUACCAAAUCCAUCUUUUGGUCAAGAUUUUGGAAGAUAUGCCACAGAUCUUUGGUGAGCAAGUGGCUCGAAUGCAGUUCCUGAUGGGAGUGCCAAACUACAGAGAAAACCUGGAGGUCCUGUUGCACCUGGCUCGGGCAGAGGCGGUGGCAAUGCGCUCAUCAAAGGUGGUGGUGUGUGUGGUGCGCACGGAGGAGGAGGAGGCGAAGUGUAUGGAGCCAAUGCACAUCUUGGAGGCCAAAAAGACACCCGUUGUCAAAUUUGGGCCCUGGAAGGCAGGCCCUGUGACGGAGGACUUUGUAUACUGCCUGGAGAGGUGGAGUGGCACCUCAUGCGUGUACUGCCCUGCUGCCAAGAGGUGGCACACCGUGAUUGCGAUCAAUCGCGUUCCCCAGACGUCAGCGCCAGCCGGGGACCGAAGAAAGCUCAUUCCGGGUUCUUAUGUGUGUGAUGAAUGCAAGGUUACAGCCUGGGAAUGUUGA